GGGGAGGUGGCCGGCUGCUUCUCCCGCGUCCGCCAUUUUGUUGCUGUGGCUAUUGGGAACUGGCUGGGCAAAAUCGUCCCAGAGGCGCAACACUUCUUGGAUCCGGUGCUUCGUGUGACGGCGAGAGUCGGUGCAGGCCCGUGGGACUGCGGAGCCGGCGCGUUCCAGGCCGGGAGUCACUGGAGGCACCCCCGGUACUCCAGACAGCCCGAAAGCCCCGGGGCGGCCACCGCUGCGGCCCGGCGUCGCCCGCCCCGACCCCUGGGCUCUGCCCCGCAUCCCCGGGCCGGCUCUCUCUGUGAGGCGGCUCCGGAGCAAGGGGGCGGCGGCGAAGGAUGCUGCGGGCCCAGAGCUGAGAGGAAGGUGCUGGCCCGGCCCUCUAAGCGCGCACUGAGGUGUACCUAGAGGCCCUUUUUCGGCCCCACAGCAGUCUGACGGGCAAAGGCUUCCAGAGCAGGCGAGAGCAGUCGCUGCUCCACCACGGCAUCAUGUCCUCUGCCAGGUUCGACUCUUCAGACCGCUCCUCCUGGUACAUGGGGCCGGUGUCUCGCCAGGAGGCGCAGACCCGGCUCCAGGGCCAGCGCCACGGCGUGUUCCUAGUCCGUGACUCUUCCACCUGCCCCGGGGACUAUGUGCUGUCGGUGUCCGAGAACUCGCGGGUCUCCCACUACAUCAUCAACUCGCUGCCCAACCGCCGUUUUAAGAUCGGGGACCAGGAGUUUGACCAUUUGCCGGCCCUGCUGGAGUUCUACAAGAUCCACUACCUGGACACCACCACCCUAAUCGAGCCCGCGCCCAGGUAUCCAAACCCACCAAUGGGAUCUGUCUCAGCACCUAACCUGCCCACAGCAGAAGAAAAUCUGGAAUAUGUACGGACUCUCUAUGAUUUUCCUGGGAAUGAUGCUGAAGACUUGCCCUUUAAAAAGGGUGAGAUCCUGGUGAUAAUAGAGAAGCCUGAAGAACAGUGGUGGAGUGCCCGGAACAAGGAUGGCCGUGUUGGGAUGAUUCCUGUCCCUUAUGUUGAAAAGCUUGUGAGAUCCUCACCACAUGGAAAGCAUGGAAAUAGGAAUUCCAACAGUUAUGGGAUCCCUGAACCUGCUCAUGCAUAUGCUCAACCUCAGACCACAACUCCUCUACCUGCAGUUUCCAGUACUCCUGGGGCAGCGAUCAAUCCUUUGCCAUCUACACAGAAUGGACCUGUCUUUGCAAAAGCAAUCCAGAAAAGAGUGCCCUGUGCUUAUGACAAGACUGCCUUGGCAUUAGAGGUUGGUGACAUUGUGAAAGUCACAAGGAUGAACAUAAAUGGCCAGUGGGAAGGCGAGGUGAAUGGGCGUAAAGGGCUUUUCCCCUUUACACACGUCAAAAUCAUUGACCCUCAAAACCCAGAAGAAAACGAGUGAUUGCUGUUGCCCUGCUUCCUGCUGCUUUGUUGUUCUGCCUGUCAUAGUCUCCUUUGAAGUGGGAAAGCAUUCUCUCUCAUAGGCAAGUUACACUGCAUUGCCGACGUCCAGCUUUCUGCAGACUGGCAGUCUCUCAUACACAUUUGGAAUGCACACAGUGGCUGCCUCAUGGCAUUUGUAUCAUAGUCGUAUUGUCAAAGAAUAGCCGAUUUUAGAAUUCUUUUGCAUCAUAAACUGGAAAUACUAGUGGAAGCACACAAGUGGAGAGAAGUUGACAAGGAAAGGGUCUUCCUUCUCAUUGCCCUGUUUGUACUUGGGACUGAUUCUGUCAUGUUCGUCAGAGAAAGCUUGAGGCUGUGGUGAAAUAGUGCACAUUGCUAUUCCACAAAGCAGUGACUUAGCUGCCAUCUUGUUUUUCUUUGGACAAUAGAGGAAAUGAACCUUAAGGAAGAGACAAUUCUAAACCCCCCACCCCAAAUAUAGUUUUUCUUUUGGUUUGGUUUGGUUUGGUUUUGGAAGACUAAUUAGACUUGUGUGUUCUGAACAGGAUUUUAAGUAGCAGGUUGGAUUUUUGUGAUAGUCCAAGGAAUGACGCCUGCCUCUGAGCUUCUAAACUGGAGCCUUUGUAACUAAAGGAAUAUGAAAAGAACCCCGAAGCAGAGGCCUCUACUGUCUUGGUUGCCAGUAGUUCCUUGUUUUGCCAUAUAGCAAACAACACAAAAGAAGUCAGCAGUCGUGUGCACAGCCUCUUGGAUUACUUUGUCUCCAGAAGCAUCAGAGUGGGGGUGCUUUAGGGAAACCUUUGCUUGCUUGCUUUGCCAGUGACAGGAUCAGGGGUGGGGGAGUGGUGGAGCACUUGGCCAAUUUUCUGUCCAGCUUUUCAGUGAAUGUACCCUUUAAGGUACAGGACUUAAAUUUUUUAAAAAGUGAGGUUCUUCAUAGAAUCAUUGGAUUUAUUAAUGAAUCAUUAAAUCAAAUCAUUAAAUUAUACUCACCGAAGCCCAGUCCUCCCUGCCCCCAGCCCAACCUUACCAGGCUGUCAGAGAGAGAUAGUGCUGCUAAUACUGGUUCCACAGUCUUAAGGGUCUGUGAUGCUCCCAAGCAAAGGAAAUGCAAACUCUGGAAAUUGGUUAAUGAGUUUGUCGAGUGCUUUAGUAACUGGGGAGAACCAUUAAACAAUUUACCAUUAACUCAGUGUGUUGAUGUUAAAGCUUUUUCCUUUUAGUUAAAAGAGGUCUGUUCAUACAAGCCAGCUGGUACCAAUGUGUGUGACCUAUCCCUCAUCUGUUGCACGCAGCAGACUAGAAUUCUGGAAUCUUUUUUUUUUUUUUUUUGUCUUUUUGUGACCAGCCGCACUGCACUCAGCCAGUGAGCAGCGCACCGGCAAUCCUUAUAUAGGAUCCGAACCCGAGGGCGGGAGCACUGCUGCGCUCCCAGCGCCGCACUCUCCCAAGUGCGCCACAGGGUCGGCCCUAGAAUUCUGGAAUCUUUAUUCAGUUCAGUCUGCUCUCCCUUCUGGGCCCUGGUGAAGACGAGCCUCAGCUCAGAAUGCAUACAGCAGAUCUAGAAAUAUAGCAACAACCUAAUGAGUAACUGUGUCAUUUACUGAGCAUCUGCUGUAACUAUGGCCCUGUCUGUGGAGAUUCUUAGAUUUUGGGCUUAGAGCAAUAUAUUCUGGUGACAGAACCAGUGAAACAACCAUUUUUCUUUUCUUCUUUUUCCAAUUUUUCUUUAAAUCAGUAUUCCAUCAGGCAGGUAACUGCCAUAUUAAAGAAUCUUGAGGGCCGAGCCCGUGGCGCACUCGGUAGAGUGCUGCGCUGGGAGCGCGGCGACGCUCCCGCCGCGGGUUCGGAUCCUAUAUAGGAAUGACCGGUGCACUCACUGGCUGAGUGCCGGUCACGAAAAAACGACCAAAAAAAAAAAAAAAAAAAAAAAAAGAAUCUUGAGAGUGUUCUUGUGAAAAAAUUAAUGGUCAGUUGGGAAAAAUAUCAACAUGGUUGUCCAUCUUCCUAACCAGUGAGAAUUGUGGCCACCUCCUGCUCUGAAGUUUGUCCGUUGCAGUUACCUUUUCUGUUUAGGUCUGUUUGGUCAGCUUGUUCUGAGUUCAGGCCCAGCCUAGCACCCACAAGUGGUGGGCAUGUGAUAGAGUCCCCAAACUCUGCCCUGAAACAGCACUUGCUUUUCUGCCGGUGAUCCAGUUCAGCCUUACCCUUGUUGGCACCUGCACUUGAGUGAGGAGUUGAGCAUAAGGUGGAAUGUGUGCCUUGUUCAAAGAGAGCACAAACCCUAAGGCCUUUUAAAACCAGAUUUAAAAAAAAUGAAAAAACAUUUAGCUGAAGGGCUCCACCUUUUAAUUUGAUAGGGUUGGCUCAGAGCAAAAGAAGUAUGUGGCUGUUUUGGAAAGCAAGGUUUCUUUUCAGCCAUGUCACUGAGCAAUAGCAAGACCCACCUUGUGUGCAGCACUUGAGAAUCAAAACACCCCAUAAGCCUAGGGUUUGGCUUCGUAAUGAACCAGCUUAUUACUUUAGCCUAGGUAAAUGUCUCCAGGGCUGCCCAGGAGAUUCAGUGCUCAAAAUAAAGUGAACCUUGAGUUCUGAACUUUCAAGAAAUGUGCCAAAAGUAGUAACUUUUUGACUUGGAACCUUAUUAGUUUUUUAAUGGGGCAGGGCACUUCUCUUUUUCACACUAAAUAUGUGAAAAGCAGCACCCCUGCCUCAGCUUCAUGCCUGGGUUCCCCACUGGUCUGGGAAGACAUUUGUGCUUCAUAGAGCAAUGCAUAUCUGACCCAGAUGGUUUCUUUUUAUGAUUGUUCAUUACUGCUACUUGAUGUGUUCUACUGUGUUAAGAAAAUAUUUGGAUGUUAAAUUAACUCAUUAUGGUUUUUCACCUGGGAAGGAAACAAAUUAUGUACUAGAGGGCAUUUACAGUUUCAUUAAAAACUUGUUUAUCCUGGGAAGGACCUCCAAUACAGGUAUUGCCCUGUCAUGUCUGUGCUGUAUUACCACCUGAUGACAUGGUUGACGAAGAGGAGGAUGCAUUGACUGGCUGCCAUUUGAUGACUUUGGUCACCCAAGCUAAACAUCUUCUGUGCUCAUGGUUGGAAAACUGAAAGGAGGGAAGGACAGCUUACACCCUCCUUGGAGCUCACGCAUCCCUGUCACUGUGCUAGCUUUCCUUUACAGCUGUUUACAGACAAGGCGGGCCUGAGACAGAUGGCCACUGCUCUUGUAAUGUUUGCUCAGAGGAAUAUGAACAUUUUUUUUUUUUUUUUGAAAAGGGAUGACAUGGUUUUGUGCCAGGUGUUUAUAAUUUAACCCUUUAAUAUUAUGUUCAUUAACCUCUUAAAAUGAACGAAUUAUUGAUUGUCUUAACACAGUACCUAAGACUAAUGCUUUUCUGUGGACACCACUGAGCUCUGCCUCAAACUCCACCCUCUGGGACCAGAGAACUAUGUCCCUGGUAACUGCUGUCAGUGUGGACACUGAGCUGGUUGUAUAUUCUAAAGGAAUGGAAGGACAGUUCUCUGAGACAGGAUUGUUGUCCCUACAGGAGGAACAGUGGCCUUGCUUCUAGACGGUCUUCACUGUGUGUUUUAAAACAACAACAACAUAAAACUCUUUUGACCUAUAACUUAAAGAUCAUAAACUUCAGGCAAUAAUAUUUUCUGUGUAAGCUUUUAAAAUUAUUUUUGGGGAUCAUAGCUUGUUUUAUUUUGUGCUAUAAAAUUAACAGUAUUAAAUGACUUAUAUUCUUAGAACACAUCGAGUGUCUUUUCUUAACAGAUUAGUGCCUUUUUAUUUUUGUAUUCCAUUUUACGUUACUGGUCCCAGCAUCAAAACCCUUGUUUCCAUGGCCUGUUUGUACAUUGUCUCAAUAAAACUUGCAUCAGCUGGUGGUGGCGGUGGC